AAUCUACUCUAUGUCUAUACAUUCUGGUUCCUUCUAGAAAUGUUGAAACAUACAUAGAUUUUGAUGAUGUUGGAUUUUGAGAGAUGCGAGUGACACUAUUCGAAAUUGAAAAUGUCAGAGGACUCGGAUACUAAAAUGAAUGUGGUGAAGCCUAUGACUUUGACUAUAGCACCUAAUUCACCUAGGAAACCAGUGAAAUCUACGGCAGUUGUUAAGUAUUCAGUAGUCCAGACACCUGCAACUUAUGCUCAAUUACAAUGUAAUACAGAUUUAAAUUUACCACCGAGCAAUUGGCUUAGCAGUUCCGCAGAAAGUUAUGGCCUUCAAAGCGUAUGGUCACAAACCUCUGGGUUUUCCAGUUUCCGUAUGGCGCAUAUGUUUCCAGACUGUGUCGGAGAAGUCGACGUUGUAUCAGAUGCAGAAAAUAUAAAGAAACUGUUAAAGUUGCCUUACAAUCAUGGAGUGAUAUCCAUGAUGGUUCACAGAGUCGAAAAUACGUUGUUAUUGGAUGAUUUCGAUAUUCACAAAUAUUUGCUUAGGCAAGCAGAAAACGAUUGGGAAUGGCUGAAAAAAUUUUUUUAUGAACAUAUUUUCCACAAUCUCGGAGACAAAGAGAAACGUCUCUUUCACAAAACGAAUAAUAGGAAUACUUUACAGCAGAGAAAUUUGGUAUCCAAGUUCUUGUAUCAUUCGAUAGUAGUGGCCGAUAAUAAAGAGCAGCACACAAAACCACAGUUACCUGUGAAGACAUUGGAACCAUGUUUACCGGAACCCUCUCAAGAGGAGAAAGUACCAGAUCCAAAUUAUAAUCACAAUUUUACUAGAAACAUUGUAUGGACUUUUGAGAACAUACAAAUGCUUAUCGGUACAGACAUGCCGAUAUUUGGAGGGCAAACGCAUCCGUGUAUAAGUUUAAGAUUAAGAGACAUGACAAAGCCUAUCAAUGUUUUAACCGGUAUAGAUUAUUGGUUGGAUAACUUAAUGUGUAAUGUUCCAGAAGUUGUCAUGUGUUAUCAUUUGGAUGGCAUAGUGCAAAAGUAUGAGUUAAUAAAAACGGAAGAUCUUCCUAAUUUAGAUCAUUCUAAAUUCAGUCCCAAAGUCAUCAGGGAUGUUGCACAAAAUAUUUUAAGUUUCUUAAAAAAUAAUGCAACGAAAGCUGGGCACACUUAUUGGCUAUUUAAAGGCAAAGACGACGAUGUUGUAAAGUUAUACGAUUUAACAUCUUUAUGUCACGACGUAUCGGAUGAAAAAGGUCAGAAUCCGUUCACCGUGCCUGUUGCUAUGUUAUUGUAUAGAGUGGCUCGUAAUAUGAAGUACUCCUCCGAUUACCACCGUCAACAGGGUACUAUCAGAAUGCUACUGAAGAACUGUGUACAAUUAUUAGCUAAAGAAAAAUAUCCUCAAAUUGUUACAUCGGCGCAUUUUAUGUUAUCCGAUCUUUAUAUACCAUCGGAUACCGACCCUGCUAGUCCAGGGCUCUCGGAUCAAAGCGACGAAGAAGACGUGCAAAGCGAAUCGAGUACGAAUCACGAGAAUGACGAAAAUGAAGAAGAGAAAGCUGAAGAAGCUGCGAUAAAGUCGUUAACAUUAGCUCACAUUAAGGAACAAGCGGAUUGCGAUGAACCCAAAUACAAGCCACCACCUAUUUCGGGUACAGUCGAAGAAAGAUGUUUGGCCGCCUUGGAGCACGUGUGUCAUGGACUCCAAUGUCUACAGUAUUUUCCAACUGAAGAUAUUCCGAACGAAGAACAAACGAGAGCAGACGAGAAGGCGAAGGAGGAGAAAGAAUACGAAGAGACUCAUUUGAAUAUGGCAAAACCUUUCCAAGCAAUACCUAUGCCUUACACUUCUUUGAGAGAUAAGAAAAAGGAUACCGAAUCCGUGGGAAAUUCUGUAAAUAGUAGUCCCAAUCAUAAAAAAAAACUAAGAUCGAGAAAAAACAAAAAGUCGGAAGACCUUAUCUCUAAAGAAAAACCUAGUCAUAACGAGGCAAAAGCGUUACUGUGUAAAGUUAAAGCUGAAACGCUACCUACGUGGCAAGCUCCGAAAAAAAGUGACAACGUUAGUUGGAAUGCCCACUUAAAGAUACUGUUAUACGAGAAAGCAUCGUUAAUAUUUGCUGUACUCGUUGAAAACGAGUACGCUAAUAGAAAUUAUGGAGCUUCGUUGAGAUAUAUAUUGGCAGUUCUACGGUGUCAAAAAAUAUUAGAAAUCUUUUGUGGGGUAAGAAAUGCUAAGUCGAUCAGUUAUCUAUUAGGACGCGCGGGAGAUUGCUGUUUUAUGGUGGUACAAGACUGGCCUAACGUAGAAAGACAUAGGAAAGAGUACGAAAUGAAGAACGAAAUUGAAGAAAAGAUAGUCGAAGAAAUCUGUAAAAUGGAAGACUUAGAUAUGAAUGGUGCCGAAUUACUGCCACAGCAUUUAGAAAGUAUAGAAUCUACUCUAGUAGCAUCUUAUAUGUGUUACGAGAAAGCCUUAUCGUUGGAACCAUUGGACGCUAAUAAAUAUAACCUCUUUAAACGAUUAGGAAACAUUCACAAUGAACUAGGUGUUCUUUACAUGAAUCAAGCUGAAAAAUAUUAUCAGCAAGAAAGUUCAGGGGACACGUCAGCAUCAUCGUCUACCGUAAUAACACUGCUUACGCGGUCCAAGACUCAUUUAGAAGCGGGUGUGAAAGCAUUCGAAACUGUUCGCGAUGAAGCGAACUUGGCUCUUUUACACUCGAAUACCGGAAGAGUUAUGCGACUCUGUGCACAUAUGCACGUGAAACAAAACACUCAAGAGCGUUAUUUUUACAAUAAAGCGUUAGCGAGUUAUCAAAAAGCUUUGCAAGUCUUGGGUUCUCGAAAAACAAAUCCUGUAAUUUGGGAUACUGUUACGUGGGAUUUGUCUACCACAUUGUUUACCAUGGCUACAUUACUGCAAGAUUAUUCUACUACUAGUAGUUGCAAGACGAAGGAAGAACUGGAACGAGAAGUUGUCGAUAUUCUACAAAAAGCUCUCAAGCACUGCGAUACCGAAACACCAGGUCCACGCCAGCCUGUGUAUCAGUUCCGUGCUGCGACUAUUCAACAUCGACUCGCUUCUUUUUAUCAUCGUAUGUACAGAGAGCACCAACCAGACACGGAUAGUAUUAAAAGGAAAACAAGUUUGCAACUGUGUAAGCUGUAUUAUGAAAAAGCUGCGAAGCUCUUACUAUCUUUGGAGCAGACUACAGAGUUUUUAACAGUACAAAUGGAGAGAGUCGCCUUAGCGGAACACCAAGCUCGUUGUGCUACAACGUUUAACGGCAAAUUGAAAGCAUAUCAAAAUAGUCUCGAAUUGAUACUACAGUGCAGACCUAUCAUGGAUAUAUUAUGCGAUAGAAAUAAUUCUCAGAAACAAGCGGGAAAAAGUUUAAGUACACUCGAUGACAAAGCAGGGAAAGAAAACUCGGAGAGAAAAGGAAUCGAUGAACAAAAGUUUAUAGAAGACGAGGAAACUUUAGUAACGUUACUUGAACAGAGAUUACAGUUCAAUUUGAGAUCCCUAACCAAAUUAGUCGUUACCAAGAAUAGCAGUAGCAGUGAAAAAGAUUGCGAAGCUCUUGUUAAUCUGUAUAAACAGUGUUACAGUCGACUGUUGCGACCCGUUACAAUAACAGGUUUCACGUUGAUAGAACACGUUGCGCAACUUUUACGAGACUUGGAAAAGGUGUUACCGUCUACGGAAUCUUGAAUGCGUACGCAUAGAUGUAUAUGUCGUAUCUGUGCCAGUUCGAAGACUUAACGCACAAAGUCUCGAUCAACUUAUUCCUUCCUUGGAUUGAUUUUCUCAAUAUUUUUAAAGGUUUUCUGUUGCUGUUAACGCUGGUCGUUAAUACUUGAGAGACGAGACCUUGUCAAAGAAAAUGUUCUUUAAUUCGCUAUUGUAUCUCAAGAUCUUGAGGACAUUUUUCUAUUCUAAUGUGUAUAUAGUGAGAUCGAAGCUUUUAUUUAUAUAAACAUACAUGAUUUAUAAGGGAAAAUAAAUAGCUUCCUAUGAA